AUGGCCGGCGAAGCUGACCGCCUGUGCAGCAGGAGGCGCCGUGAUCGGCGGUGGGGCCGUGCACAUGGUCGAAAAAAAAAGACGUCCGGCCGUGGUCAAGCAGACCAAGCCCGGCGAAAGAUCGUCCAUCGCCAGGUUUCCGGCCAAGGCGUGCGUCGGGUCGUGACGCGCCGGACGUCCCCGCCAUCCCGUGCCGCUGCCCGCCGCUGCCGCCGGUCGUCAGCAGCGGAAUUUAUCAUUCCGGCCGUGAUCGGCGGUUGGGGUGGCGGCGGCUGGGGCAGUGCUUUGGCGGAGGUUUCGGGGCGGCUGGCGGCGGUUUCGGCUUUGGCGGCGGAUCGAACGGUAAUACCUCGACCAGCAGCGGCGGGCCGGAGCUCAACCUCAUCGGUAUCGGGCGGAUCGGGUGGUUCGCCGACCUCCACCGAGGUUCGUCCACAUCCACCGGCGGAUCAUCGACUCGACCGGCGGUGUCAGCAGCACCUCGUCUUUCGGGUACGUGUCGUCGACCAAGCCCGUCGUCGGGCGAUGUCAGUACUCGACCUCGGAGCGCGUCAUCGACCUCGUCCGCCUCGUCGAGCGGCUAUGGGUCGAGCAGCGAUGGCUGGUCGUCCAAUGGUUCGUCGCCAGUUCGGCCUCGAGCGCGUCGUCGCGCAUCCUCCGCCAGCAGUGCCUCGUCUUCCGGGCAAUUCGACCGGUGGUCCGCCGACCCGCAGCCCGCGCCACCGAUGGUGUUGUUGUUCGGCGGCGCGGCGGCGCGCUGGUGAUCCGGCGGUUUCGCAAACGCGCUGA